AUAUUCUAUUCUCAAAAAACUAAUCUAUCAAAUCGAAAAAGAUAUUAUUUCAACAUCUACGCUUACACAAGGAGAUGCAGAAAUAGCACAACAACCGACAGAAGAAACAUUUCUACUUGAUGCGAAAACACGUUCAAAUACAAUUUUCAUUCCUGCACUUGACAAGGAAUUGGAAAAGAUCACAACAUUCUACGUUAACAAAGAAAAAGAACUUUUUCAAGAAACAGAGAAAAUUUUGGCUGAUGUUGCUUAUAUAGAAAGUUUCGAGGACACAUUACCCAUUAAUAUUCCAUCACGGCAACAAUUUAGCCGGUCUUUUGAUUCGUCAGAUUCGCUAACUCAGAUGUGGAAAAAACCGUCACGACAACAAAAUAGUUCGGGAAGUGUUGGUUCUUUUUUAAGUAGCGAUGAUGAUGAACAUGGUGCCAAUGACGAGGCUAACUUAUUGGAAAUUUCAUAUCAUCAUAAUCCCCGAAAUUCUCAACUUACUGAAGAUGAACAACGAAUUUAUAAUUUUCGGUCAAAUCCAUUGAUCGAAGCUGAACGAAUUCGUAUAAAGAAACAUACAAUUGAACUUUAUGUCAAGUUAUCGGGACUCAAAUCUUUUGUCAAUCUGAAUUACACUGGUUUCAGUAAAAUUUUAAAGAAAUACGACAAAAUCACAAACAGUACUCAAAUCAAAUCAUCGUACAUGGCAAGCAUGGUAAGCGAAGGCUACCCUUUCAAAAAAACCAGCCGUCAACUUCUCGAUGAACAUAUCCGACAGAUGGAAGAAAUAUACGCGAAGCUUUGCACAUUUAAUAAUGUAAAACUUGCGGCAAAAGAACUAAGAACACACCUUAGAGAGUUUAUAGUGUGGGAGCGAAAUACAAUCUGGAGAGAUAUUAUUGGAUUGGAGAGAAAGUCUCACGGAGUUGGUAUUAAGGCUCAUCCAACUGUCGAAGAACUGGAAAGCUCGAAAAUAGAAACUCCGUUUGGGCAGGUAAGUGUGUCGGCUGAAUACUGGAAGACUGCAUUUGUAUUGGCGACGUGUAUUGGGAUCUUUGCUGUUUUACUGGAAGCGAGAAUAUUUAAACCAGUUGAAGUGCGGAACUGUUUUGCUUUGUUAGUGUUUGCGAGUUUACUUUGGGCAACUGAGGUGAUACCACUUUUUGUCACCUCAUUACUGAUUCCUUUCUUAGUUGUUUGUUUACGCGUAAUGCGCUUGAAUGACAAGCGACUAGAGGCUCAUGAAGCCACAAAAGAAAUUUUCGCGGCAAUGUUUUCACCUGUCAUAAUGUUGCUAUUAGGAGGAUUCGCCAUCGCUGCUGCACUUAGUAAAUAUCAUAUAGCAAAAAUGAUGGCCACAUUUGUGUUGUCGAAAGCAGGCAAGAAACCUCGCUGGGUACUGUUGAUGAAUAUGAUUGUUGCUACUAUUGCUAGUAUGUGGAUUAGCAAUGUGGCUGCACCUCCAAUCCUGCGUACUUUGCCACCGAAUAGUUCAUUUGGCCGAUGUCUAAUUCUAGGAAUUGCACUUGCCUCAAAUAUCGGUGGAAUGGCGUCUCCAAUAUCCUCACCACAAAACAUAAUCGCAAUUCAAAACAUGAGUCCCGAACCAUCAUGGAUCGAAUGGUUCAUGAUCUCCAUUCCAAUAUGUAUUCUCGCUGAUCUACUAAUAUGGAUCAUCCUUCUCUGGAACUACCAACCUACGGAAACUUCACUACUAAUUCACCCGAUUCGAACAUCACGAGAUCCUUGGACCACCACACAGUUAUUCAUUUGUGCUGUCACGCUGAUAACGAUAGUGUUAUGGUGUGCCGAAAAGCAGCUUGAAUUCUUUCUUGGUGAUAUGGGUGUAGUUGCCAUUUUGCCACUUGUCUUGUUUUUUGGAACUGGGAUUCUGACAAAAGAAGAUUUUAAUAACUUUUUAUGGACGGUGAUUAUACUGGCAAUGGGAGGAAUAGCGCUUGGAAAAGCAGUGUAUAGUUCGGGACUUUUGACUACUAUUGCACUAGCGAUUACAAAGAUGGUUCAAGGAUUUACAGUGUGGGAAGUGAUGUUGGUUUUUUGUACGUUGGUUCUUGUCGUGGCCACUUUUAUCAGUCAUACUGUCGGUGCAUUAAUUAUUCUACCAAUUGUGGCGAAAGUGGGCGAUACUCUUGGUGACCAUGACACAUCAUAUCGAAAUUUACUGGUCAUGUCUUCUGCACUCAUGUGUUCAGCAGCAAUGGGCUUACCAGUCUCUGGAUUCCCAAACAUAAACGCGAUCAUGAUGGAAGACGAGAUGGGCGUUCGGUACCUUAACACAAAAGAUUUCCUGAGAACUGGUAUCCCUGCGUCCAUAUUAACGAUGUUCCUGGUGGUGACUAUUGGUUAUGUGUUGAUGCAUUUUGUACUCGAAUAUUAA